UUGUAGCACACAGAAAAGAAGUGCAUUUAUGAUAAACUGAUCAAAGGCUGUUGGAAAAUUCUUUUGGUUUUGAGAUUUCUAUUCGCAAGAUUUUGUUUCACAAACGGCGAAACAUGGCGGAUGAGGACUUAAAACUCGAUUUAACGGGUAAAAAAAAGAAGUCGAAGAAGCCAAUCGUACUGGAUGAUGAAACAUCAAAAAUAGACGAAAAUGUAGUUCCAGUCGUAGACUCAGAAGAACUGGUGUUGGGGCCGAAAAAAAAGAAAAAAGCGCCAAAGGUGCCUGUUGUUGAUGAGGAGCAUCUUUCGGAAGAGACGCCUGAAGUUGUCGUAGGUGCUGGUUUAUCAAAUCUUAUCGAUUCCAAAAAUGCAUGGCCUGAUUAUACGUAUGAAGAACUGCUGGAAUUAGUUUUUGGUAUAAUGCGUGAACGAAAUCCGGAAUUGGCGGCCGGUGAAAAGAAGAAAUUCGUAAUGAAACCACCGCAGGUGGCUCGUGCUGGUAGCAAAAAGACAGCAUUCGCUAAUUUUGCUGAAAUUUGUCGGUUACUGAAACGACAACCAAAGCAUGUACUGCAGUUUUUAUUGGCAGAAUUGGGUACAACUGGUUCAAUCGAUGGCAACAGUUGUUUGAUCGUUAAAGGACGUUUUCAGCAAAAGCAUAUUGAAAGUGUUUUGCGAAAGUAUAUUAAAGAAUAUGUUGCUUGUCAUACGUGUAGGUCUUCCGAGACGGAACUGACAAAAGAUACACGUUUAUUUUUCUUGGAAUGUAAAACCUGUGGUAGUCGGUGCUCCGUCACUGCUAUCAAGAGUGGAUUUACUGCUAUGGUAGGAAAGCGUGCUGCACUGCGGCGGGCUGCGGAAGCCACUGCAGGUAAAUAAAUUGCAUCAGAACUUUUUGUUAUUUUCUAAAAUAUUUGAGCAGCACGAAUAAAAAUACUUCAUGUCCCUCUAAAAAGUGAAAUUAUCAUUGGAUAGUAAUUUAUCUUCCGUAUAUGACUGUUUAAUUUAAAGAUUUUUCCAUUUUCUUACCUCUUCAUUGAUUCAGAUUUCUUUUCAAAAAGAUUUCUAAUUUGAAAAAUUGGAUUUUUCCUCCUUUCUAUUUUGCGUCUAAUGUUUAUAACAGUUUCGAUAGGCUUUGCAGUGUUUUAUUUCUUCCCUUUCUCUCUUCAUAAGCUCUGCAUUACAUUGAUGGAUGUAUGUGCUUCGCAUAUACCAAUAAAGUUCUUGAUGG